AUGUGUUUUCGCAAGGCGUCCCUAUCCAUUUCUCUGUUCGUGGCGGUGGUGAUUUCCUCUUCUGGUUUCUACUACAAUUCUCGGUCGUUCUCGUAUGUCUUGGAUUACUUUGAGCUUCCCACGCAACUGGAACCAUCGGGGGAUUUUUCCACUAGCACAAAAGAGGGCAACGGGAAGUAUGACAUUGACACCCCACAACCAAAGAUGAAGAAAAAGCUGGUAGUACCCGAUGGACAAGCCAUGUUACGCCAAAAGUACUCCAACUGGGGAAUUCCUCUGUUCUCGGUCGAUCAUCAGACAUACAACAACAACAACAACAACCAACAAAAGUCCAAGCAAGAGAAUAAACCACCACCACCACCACUACAGCAGAGCAAGACUUCUGUUUCAUUGAGACUGGAUCCAGAACAAGUGAAAAAAGCCAAAAGUGGAGUCGAUAGGAAGGAAGUCGUGCAUCAGCUCAAGCAACAAAUUGAGCAAGAACGAGCGUCCGCCAACAAGCCGCAAGCUAGAGUGUGGAAACCUCCCAUAUCUGUGAGCACUACUAUUAAUAGUAUUCGGCAACAACAACAACAAGAUCCACCACCAACGACAAGAAAGAGUCGGAAAGAAAAAGAGGAUCGGCUCGACGAACGGAAAAGGGAACGAUCGGACAAACGAAAACGACAGCGAGAAGUCAAAGAACAACUCAAAUUCAAACGACAACCACAACAACAACAACAAUCCCAAACAACACCAAAGCAACGACUGCGACGCUCCGAAACAGCAAUAGAAACUGACAACCAUGAGGAAGAUGGUGACACUAACACAACAACAGCCAAAGAGGAAUUGAUCAGAGGUGAUCCUUACACAAGGGAAACGGUAGCCUUUGCUGUUUUGAACGACCCCAACAAUGCCGAGUUGGCUCAAAAGGCAUCCAACUUUUACCAGUACCACUUUGAACAAAUGAAACAGUUGGUCAAUUACACCAAUGCAUUGGUAUGGGGCACGCCAGACCAAGCCAGGGAAUACGGUGCAUUCCUCGCCUACUUUCAAGUCGAUGCCAACGAACAACCAUUGUAUGUUGUUUCGGAAGAACAAAAGCAAAAUGCCGAUCCAUCCGUCUUUCUGCAUGGUCGCUACAUUUAUUGUGACAAUGUGUGUCGCAUGGCGCAGGCAUUUCGCAAAUACGAACGACACUACAAGGCAGCGCGACAAGCAGACAACAACAACAACCAAUAUGCCAAGACCGAUCCAAGUAAUGGGCACAUUAUGAUUUUGGGGCUCAACGAGAAUUGGGGAUCCUUCUCGCAAACGGUAGUCAACAAGACGGUGGAUUGGACCGAAGAUUUGGAACAUUCGUGGCAACAACAGGGUUGCUCACGACAAGAUAUUGACGACUACUUGGACAAUCCCAAUACCAAGGCUGUCAUUACGACUCAAUUCCAAAUCAUGAAUCAUCCCAAGGUACAUUCCAUACCACUGGGUAUGGUGACUAUCGAUUCCGAAUGGAAGGAUCUCAUGCAAGUGCUGUAUGAAAAUCAACCGCGACCACUUCCUGCGGCACGACAAUAUUAUAGACUCGAUCCACGACCGCAGCUGUUGAUGAUCAACAGUUCUCCAACAGAGACAAGAUCGCGAAUGUAUGAUAUCGUAUCGAAAAACUUUCGCAAGGAGGGAAUGGUGGUUCGAAAUUCCUUCAAGGAAUAUGGGUUUACAGAAUACCGAAAGGAGCUGCGCCGUUCCAAGUUCAUUCUCAGUCCGUCUGGAAUGGGGAUGGAUUGCUAUCGACAUUGGGAGGCAAUGUACAUGGGGACGAUUCCGGUCAUUGAACAUUUGAAUCGAGAUGACGGUUGGUACCGGACAUUGGACAAUCUACCCGUGGCCAUGAUUGAUUCCUACAGCAACCUUACUCCUCAUUGGCUGGAACAGGAGUAUAUCCGCAUCAUGUCCCGACCACUAGCGUACUAUGAGUACGAACGACUGACAAAGGACUUUUGGAUCAAAUUCUACAAAUCCAGUCUGGAGCCACAGUUGUCGUAG